GCGGAGACCGGAUCCGAGGUGCCGCCGCCGGACGGGACUCUAAGAUGAAGUUAUGGGAUGUCGUGGCUGUCUGCCUGGUGCUGCUCCACACCGCGUCCGCCUUCCCGCUGCCCGCCGGUAAGAGGCCUCCCGAGGCGCCCGCCGAAGACCGCUCCCUCGGCCGCCGCCGCGCUCCCUUCGCGCUGAGCAGUGACUCAAAUAUGCCAGAAGAUUAUCCUGAUCAAUUUGAUGACGUCAUGGAUUUUAUUCAAGCCACCAUUAAAAGACUGAAAAGGACACCGGACAAACAAAUGGCUGUGUUUCCCAGAAGAGAGCGAAACCGGCAGGCCGCAGCCGCCACGCCGGAGAACUCCAGGGGGAAGGGCCGGCGCGGACAGAGGGGCAGAAACCGGGGUUGUGUCCUCACUGCUGUCCACUUGAAUGUCACCGACUUGGGUUUGGGCUACGAAACCAAGGAGGAGCUGAUUUUUCGGUACUGCAGCGGCUCCUGCGAGGCCGCCGAGACGAUGUACGACAAAAUAUUAAAAAACUUAUCCAAAAAUAGAAGGCUGGUGAGUGACAAAGUAGGGCAGGCCUGUUGCAGACCCGUCGCCUUCGAUGACGACCUGUCGUUUUUGGACGACAGCCUGGUUUACCAUGUCCUAAGAAAGCAUUCCGCUAAAAGGUGUGGAUGUGUCUGACUCCGGCUCCAGAGA